AUGGAUUCAUUAAUACCGUUUACAACUUCCGGCGCGUUAGUCGAAAGCGUCGAUAAGAAGAUGGUCGUUGUCCUGCGAGAUGGCCGUAAAUUGAUUGGAGUUUUGAGAUCGUAUGAUCAAUUCGCGAAUCUUGUCAUGGAAAACACACUCGAACGUAUUUACCACGGAGAUGCAUUUGCAGACAUUCGCCGAGGAGUAUAUUUGAUUCGAGGAGAGAAUGUUGUGUUGCUCGGAGAAGUAGACCUAGAUCGUGAGGACGAAGUGCCCUUGCGACCUGUUCCUAUCGAAGAAAUUGGAUACACUCAUCAACAGGAAGCAGAUAAACGCAAGCAAGUUGAACAGGCCAAGGCUCAAAUCCUUUAUGAUGAAAAGGGAUUUUCCAAAGAGGGGGGAGAAGGAGACGGGUAUUAG